GCACAACAAGCCCGGCGGUCGGUCCGUUCACUCCUGUCCGCUCCCACUGCAGUUCCUCCGGGCUCCAGAGGACCACACCGACCCGCUGCCUCCACCGGGACGGAGACAUGAGCUCUAUCUCCGCCGUUCACAUCGCACUAACGUGAGCGCGUGACGGCUUCCCCUUUGACGCGCGCCCCUGCCUCGCACCGGUCCGCCGUUUGCAGACCCGCGCCUCGGUGUCGGACGGUCCCACCCGCACCCACAGGAGGACCAUGGCGGAGAGAAGCGGCCGGCUGAGUUUCCCCGGCAGCGGGGCUCUGAACAGACCGGUGCCCAUGAACCUGUUUGCAACAUGGGAAAUAGAUGGAUCCUCUCCGAACUGCAUCCCGAGAUUGUGCAGUUUGACUUUGAAGAAGCUGGUUGUGAUGAGGGAGCUCGAUAAAGAGCUGAUCUCAGUCGUCAUUGCAGUUAAAAUCCAGGGCUCAAAAAGGAUUCUGAGGUCCCAUGAGAUAGUGCUGCCACCCAGUGGGUCCGUGGAGACUGAUUUGGCCCUCACCUUUUCACUGCAGUACCCACACUUCUUAAAAAGAGAAGGGAACAAGCUGCAGAUCAUGCUCCAAAGGCGGAAAAGAUACAAGAACCGAACCAUCUUGGGCUAUAAGACCCUUGCAGUGGGGUCUAUUGAUAUGGCUGAGGUGAUGCAGCAUCCGACAGAGGGAGGCCAGGUUCUCCCUCUCUGCAGUAACCAGAAGGACAUGCUGGGCAAAGUGGCAGAGAUCUGGAUCUUUUCCCUGUCCAGUCAGCCAAUAGACCAUGAGGAGGCAGCUCUCCAGGGGGGACAGAAGAUCAAAUGCUCUGAUAACUACUCAGAAGAAGAGUACGAGAGCUUCUCCUCAGAGCAGGAGGCGAGCGACGACGCCGUUCAGGGACAGGAUCUUGAGGAUGACGAGUACGACGUGAGGAAGCCAAAGAAGCAGAGGAGGUCCAUCGUCAGGACCGCCUCUAUCACCAGACAGCAGAACUUUAAGCAGCGAGUGGUGGCUCUUCUGAAGCGGUUCCGAGUUUCAGAUGAGGUGUUGGACUCGGAGCAGGAUCCUGCAGAGCCCCCUCCUGAAGUGGAGGAGGAGGACCUGGACCUGGACAGUGUGGAGUUUGAGAACCCCAGCGACAGCGGUCCAGAGCUGGACGAUGACGACAGCGUCCUCAGCACACCAAAACCCAAACUCAAGCCAUAUUUUGAGGGUCUGUCCCUUUCGAGUUCUCAAACUGAGAUCGGCAGCAUCCACAGCAGCCGAAGCCACAGGGAACCUCCCAGCCCCAUUGAUCCAGAUAAAACCAAGUGCAGCGGGGCCAAGUUUCAGGAUGACAAUGUCUCUGAUAACGUCUCCUUUGAGCAGCCGGAGGCAGUGACUCCGACCACAGAGCUGGAAAUGGACAACAUGGACACGUUUUUAGAGAGACUACCACCAAGCGGCAAAAUGACCAAGACAGAGUCCCUUAUCAUUUCAUCCAACAGGCAGGAACCAAAGGUGGCAGGAAGACGAGGCAGAAGUACGUCACUGAAGGAGCGUCAGCCCAGUAGGCCUCAGAACGAAAGGGCCAACAGCCUGGACAACGAACGGUCUCUGGACACACGCUGCCACCUACAGAUCCCAAGAAAAACGGUCUAUGACCAACUAAACCACAUCCUUGUGUCUGACAACCACCUCCCUGAUAGUAUCAUCCUCAUCAAUACGUCAGACUGGCAGGGCCAGUAUCUUUCUGACAUGCUGCAAAACCACCAUCUACCAGUGGUCUGCACCUGCACCACAGCCGACAUCCAAGCUGCGUUCAACACCAUCGUCUCCCGCAUACAGAGAUUUUGCAACUGUAAUUCCCAGACCCCCAUUCCCAUAAAGAUAGCUGUGGCCGGAGCGCAGCACUACCUCAGUGCAGUCCUCAGGCUUUUUGUGGACCACCUUUCCCAUAAGACUCCUGACUGGCUCGGCUACAUGAGGUUUCUUAUCAUCCCUCUGGGUGCUCAUCCUGUCUCCAAAUAUCUUGGCACUAUUGAUUAUCGAUACAACAGUUUGUUCCAAGAUGCUGCUUGGAGGGAUUUGUUCCACAAACCGGAGGCUCCUGUCAUUGUCCAGGAGAACCCUGAUGUGGUUUCCAGGGUAACGCAGUACAUGGUAGGAGCUAACGGAGCUCACCAGCUGCCCAUCGCAGAGGCCAUGCUCACCUACAAACAGAAAAGGAAAAAGAGCUUUCAUUUUGAUUUUGCAGUAAGUCUCUCUGUUUCUUCCCUGGGGGGGCGAUGGCAGGUUUCUUCAAGCCCCGAUGAGGACUCAUGUCAGAAGUUUAUCCCUUUUAUUGGGAUGGUGAAAGUUGGUAUUGUUGAGCAAACAUCUGCAGCAUCAGGUGACUCUGACGAUGCAGCACCCAUGGGCUCCUCGCUGCUCUCCUCCACUCCCCCUCAGGUGUCACCCGCUCUCAAAGAGGCGACCCCCACCCCGCCCUCCUCUCCGUCUGUCAACGCCAGCUUUUGUGCUUACAGUUCUAGUGGUCAGGCGGAACUGAUGGGGCUUCAGGUCGACUACUGGGUGGCUCCGACAGAACGGAAGAAAGACAUGGAGAAGCGGGACUCCUCCUCCAAAAACACUCUGAAGUGCAAUUUCCGCUCGCUGCAGGUCAGCCGGCUGCCUCUGGGGGGCGCUGAGCCGAGCCCCCAGCCCACCAUGUCCAUGACAGUGGUGACUAAAGAGAAGAAUAAGAAGGUCAUGUUCCUGCCAAAAAAGAGCAAAGACAAGGAGGUGGAGUCGAAGAGUCAAGUGAUCGAGGGCAUCAGUCGACUCAUCUGCACUGCCAAGCACCAGCAGACCAUGCUGAGAGUGCUGAUUGACGGUGUCGAGUGGAACGAUGUGAAGUUUUUCCAGCUGGCAGCACAGUGGUCCUCGCACGUCAAACACUUCCCCAUCGGGAUCUUUGGACACACAAAAGGCCCUUACUAGCAGCACCUAAGAGACUGAAACACUAAGGACAGCUCUCCCAUCCCUCCCCCUUGUGCCAACAGCUUUUAACCCUUCCUCCCUACUCCCCCCUGCACUCCUCUGUCCUCCCGUCUUAAUUUAAGCCCCUGCUUUUCCCUGGUGCAUUUGUCUGAUUAUUUAAUCUUUUGUGUGUUAUUUUUUAAUUUUCUAUUUAUGUAAAAGUUUCUUGAGGCAAGGCUGCCAAGGGAAUAUUUCUUUACUCAGCUUUUUAAAAGAAGAAAAUCCUGCUGAUAUUUUAUAGAAAAACAUACAAACCUAAUCAAAUAAUACAUAGAAAUGAUCUCUAACCUUUAACAAACUGUAUGAGUGCCCAGGUUUUACCCUCUGCCACUUGCACUUGGCCAGCACAAAUAAUUAAGAAUAUAUUGAAAAAAGCAAGAGCAGCUGCCUUGUAAUGAAGUGGAUGGAGUGAAUCACAGCAAACACAUUUUGGAUUCUCAGUGACUGUUGUUGACUCUGGACUCAUUUACAUCAUCUUUUGGAAAAAAAGAUAAACCAAACUGAUCUUUGACCCCUCUGCGCUCAGUGAAGACGUCCAAUGUGCAAUAGACUGAUUACUGUGUGAAUGAAUUUCUGAUAAAUAACUUGGCGCUCCUAGAUUACACAUUACUUUUAGUUGUGAGUUUCACUCUGAACCCCCCCCCCCCCCUUUACUUCCUCCUAAAAUCUUGGACUGAGGUUUGAAGAGUUUUGCUCUAAAAUAAUGUGUAAAAUGGUAACAGAAUGUGAAAAACACCACUUUUAGAAAACAAUUGAUAGCACAAAAUGAAGUACUUUUUAGAUGUUAGUACAAAUGACAAGGUAAGAAAUGUACAUAAGGGUUUCUGUGUAAAAAUUCAAUAUUUUUUCUAUAUUUUAGAACAAACUCUUCUUCCUCAAACCCCACUGUAUUUUUGCAGCACUCCAUCUUUUGCAAAAAGAAAAUGUUACUUUUGCCAAAGGAUUACUCAUUAACUGCAGCUCACUCUUGACCUGUGUGGUAUUAUAGAUGACUUCAUUAUGUAGAGGUGAAUGUAUUGGAGGUACCUUAAUGUAAAGCACUUUUAAAUGUUUGUCCAUUAUAGAUUAGUGUGUUCAAUUUGGCCUGGUGAGCCUGCAGAUCUGAUCAGCUGUGGCUCACAGAGGCACAUAGACAGACACUGUAUUGGGCCAUGUAUCUGAGCUGACAGCACAAACCGCGAUAACGUGGCAUAGUUUAUAUGCGAACAAAGCCAGUAUCUGUAUCUCCUCAGUGCUGUUUAAUAUCGCUUCAUGCUCAGUGUGAGGCCUCAGUGGACAAUUUAGAUUUUAGUUGAAUAUUCAAUAGUCUAGAAUGUGUAUGUGUUCCCAGAAAUGUUCCGUCAUUAGAUUUUUGCUCUAUCUUUAGUUAUUUGUUAUGUAUAAAACUAAAAAGUAUUUUGCUUACAGAGUUUCAUUCAGUAGCAGUUUUGUCUAGCAUUUGCCAAUUUCUUGAUAAGUGCCUAAAUUGCUUAAUUUUGACAAAUCAAUAUAAAUAUAAAUGCCCCCGGCUAACAUGGUGCUGAUUCUGGUCUGACAACAACAACAACUAAAUAUCUCUGUGCGCUAUAAACACAUGCGGUCAAGUCUGUUACAUACAUGCACACUUUGGUGAAAUAAAAGGGACAUGAGGGAGGGAAAAUCUAGUAAGUUAACUUUCAACCACGGGUGUGAAUUAAUUAAACGAACACUGCAGCCCAUUCAUGUUCAGCAUAUAUUUGUUUCUCUAUGUAGAAGAUAUUUUAGAUGUUUUGGUUUUUCAUGUUGUCUCAGAAAAGGCGUGUUGAAACUCAAAGUUCCCUAAAGACUACCACUGUAAUCCCAAAACUGGGAGUAAUAAAACUACUAUACACACUAAA